UGGCACAGACGGCGCUGCGACGGUCGCGCAUCGAACAGAUCCUAACAACAAGCCAGACGACGUGGACGUGGAAGCCGCAUCAUUUGGCGCCACAUUAAAGUGCUAAGGCCGGGUCCUGACUGUGUGUGCGUGUAUAUAUUGCUCUAUUAGUGUGCGUUCGCGUGUGCGUAUGCGUGUGCGUGUGUGCGCGUGUAUUUGAUUGUGUGAUUUCGCGCGCUUUUGUGUCGCCUGUUUUUACUGUUUACUGUUUAUCUCGGCCAGUGCCUUAGCCCCGGCUCGAACAAAGGCAGCUGGCAGCAGCGGGACACAGGACGCCCCGUGGCCAUCCAGGACUUCAGCUGCGUGCUAUUUGCGGGCAUAUUGAUCAACUGUUGGCAAUUAAAUUCAAUUACAGCUUUAAUUAGGCAUUUUAUGGCUAACAGACAACAAAAGCUCAUCACGAUUUAAGCCAGAGAACGGCACGGGCGCAUAAGCAUAAACAUAAGCGGAUCACAAACAGCAGGCAAUUCGAAUAUUUGAAGUUUUCUGCUGGGAGCACAACUAGAUUCGCCGGAAGUUGAGCCAAACGGAAGCAAAGCAAAUACAACAAGAUGGCUGGCGGCGGCAGGACAGCCGGCAAAUACGGUUAUUCAGACAACAUUUAUUACAGCAGUCACUCCUACAAGAGCAUCAACGACGAAAUCAUACUGGUCAGCAUCAUAAUGGGCAUUACGAUUCUCGUCCUGAUUACCAUUGCGCUGUGCUACAUUGCGUAUGAGAAAUGCCACAAGAAGCGUGAAUAUUUUAUCAACGCCUAACGGGUGCCCACCACAACCACAACAGCA